AUGGAUGAAAACAUAUCCCAGUCGUUCCUUAACACACAAGAAACAGCAUUCCGUAACAACUUGAAUCGUAAAAACAAGAAAACCGCUCAUAAGUUACAACAAAUUAUCGAUAGAACCAAAAACCAAGACCAAAAACUGCAUCUGAAUGAGAAAGCAAUUCUCAAUAGAACUGAGGUAGAAAUUCCAGGAGAGGUUACUACUCUACUCAGCUUAGGGCCAAAAUUCGCACUUCCGCCCAACAAAAUCAACGACAUACCAUUCUAUCAUAUUCUUGCCGAUCUAGAAGGGAUUAUAACAACAAACAAUAAUGAAAGAAUACAGAACACGAACAGAUGUAGAACCGUUAACAUUAUAGAAAACUACAUCCACGGUUUCAAUCAACAAACACGUUCCAAAGAUCCCAUUAACAAAUUCUUUCAACACGCUAAACUCUCCACAAAGUCUUUCAUGAAAAACCACCCCGAGAUAUGUGUCUUAUCAGCCGAUAAAGGUAACAGAACCGUAAUCAUGAACAGUAAAGAUUACCAUCAGAAAAUGUCAGUACUCGUAAAUGACACUAAAACGUAUCGACAAGUUAACAGAGAUCCUACGGGAGGUUUUCAAACCAAGAACAACAAUUUCGUCAAAAGACUUCUAAACCUUAAAUUGAUCGAUAAGUUUACCGGAAAAAGGCUUACCAUCUACAACGCCACCUGCCCUAGGAUAUAUGGGCAACCAAAAGCACACAAAACAGAACUACCCCUUCGACCAGUAGUCCCUAAUGUGACAGCCCCAACAUAUCACCUGGCCAAAUACAUUAGCGAAAUCCUACAAACAUCGAUAGCUAGCCCCUACAGUUGCAAAAAUUCUUAUGAGUUCUGCGAAUCUGUCAACGGUAAAGUUCUACCACAAGGAUAUAUAAUGAUUUCUCUAGACGUGGUAUCACUUUUCACCAAUGUCCCCAGAAAUCUGGUUGCUAGCAAUAUUAUACAACAUUGGUCCGAAAUAGACACACAAAUAAACCUCGAUUUAUUUCUUGAGAUUAUCGAGUUUCUGAUGAACACAGCUUAUUUUCAAUACGGGAACAAAUAUUAUGUUCAAGAAUAUGGCACAGCUAUGGGUAGCCCGAUUAGUCCAAUCUUGUCGGAGCUGGUUCUCGACACCAUCAUCACAAGAGCCCUGAAAAAGUUACCGUUUCCCAUCCCCAUCAUUCAUAAAUAUGUCGAUGAUCUUUUCCUUGUCAUCCCUGAAGACCAAUGUGAAUUGGUCCUAGAGAUCUUCAAUCAACAAGAAGAAAGGUUACAAUUCACAAUGGAAAAAGAGAACGAAAACCGCCUCCCAUACCUAGAUAUGGUCGUAGUGCGAGAUCCCAAUCAAAUGCUAAAAACAGAAUGGUUUAUAAAGCCCAUAGCUUCAGGUCGAAUGCUGAACUGGCAUUCCUGCCACCAGCUCAAACAUAAACUGAAUGUAGCGAACAAUUUCAUCGAUCGUGUCGCCUCGCUGUCAAGGAACGACGAAAAUCAGGACAUAAUCAAAAUCAUUCGACACCACCUAACACAGAACAACUACCCCAUCAAACUGAUAAAUAGAAUGAUCAACACCAAUCAAAAAGUUCAACGCCACAAAUCACAGAAUCCAAACCAUCAAUCAACCCACCAACCAAUCAUCAAUCAACAAUCUCAGCUCUCAUCCAGUCCAAUCAAUCAAAACAACAACCGUACAUCAAACAGACCAGCAACCAAUCAGCACAACCUCCAACCACAACCACACAAUAGCCCGAUGCACCAAUCCACACUUUGCCAGCAAGAUUCCUCCGAAAUGCCGACCAUCACAACACCAGAUAUUAGUUCACCAGCAGAUCCAACAUCCAAACCAGAUAUUCCUCGUACAGUUUCCCAGAACAACAUCAAUCCGUCCAGAAUAGAAGAACAUCAUAUCAGCACAUCCAACAUGGUCUCCAACAGCAUCUCCAAGAACACAACCAGCAGCACAGCCAACGCAGAAGUCGCAUAUCGUUCGGUGACAUAUGUACCAUUCCUUACCGAACGACUCAUCCAAUGCCUGAAGAAAGACUACCCCAAUGUCAAGAUCGCCACCAGACGGAACCUAACAGUGGGAGAUCUAUAUAGCAGAGUGAAGGACCCAAAGAGUAUUGGAUCCCUGAUGAAGGUGUUAACCAACACCGAAACGUUGGAUCAAAAAUAA